UGCCCGUGGUCCGGCCUGGUGCCUCGGUGCCCGUGAUGACUCGGUGCCUGCUGUCGAGCUUAGUGGCCCGGUGCCCGCUGUCAUGCCAGAUGACUCGGUGCCCGCUGUCGUGCCCGAUGACUCGGUGCCCGCUAUCGUGCCCGAUGACUCGGUGCCAGCUGUCGAGCUUGGUGACUCGGUGCCCGCUGUCGUGCCAGAUUACUCGGUGCCCGCUGUCGUGCCAGAUGACUCGGUGCCCGCUGUCGAGCUUGGUGACUCGGUGCCUGCUGCCUCGCCUGAUGGCCUAGUGCCCGCUGCUCCGCCUGAUGGCCGGUGCCCGCUGCUCCGCCUGUUGUGCCUCUGCCCGCUGCUCUGCCUGAUGUGCCUCUGCCUGCUGCCCAGCCUGAUGUGCCUCUGCCCGCUGCCCAGCCUGAUGUGCCUCUGUCCGCUGCCCAGCCUGAUGUGCCUCCGUCCGCUGCCCAGCCUGAUGUGCCUCCGCCCGCUGCCCAGCCUGAUGUGCCUCCGCCCGCUGCCCAGCCUGAUGUGCCUGAGCCUGAUGUGCCAGCCCCUGAUAUCCAGCCAGUUACCUGACCCAGGCGGUGGAACAUUUUGCCCACUAAGGACUGUUUGGAACAUCCUGAGGCCGCUCCUU